CAACUCUUAAUGACUCUGUUUACUUCUUGACAGCUGGAAAUGAUUUCGUUCAGUUCAAUUCUCGUUUCUUAUUUCAACGCGUCGAAAUCGUAAUAGAAUGGCGUCGUUAGAUUCUCAAUUUAUUUGGAACCUAGAGUUGGACAAUCAGCUCAUGGAGCUGAUAGAACAAUUUCCUUGUCUUUAUAACCGAAACGAUGAAUACUUCAAAGUUCCCUGGAAGCGUAAUGAUGCAAUUGCAGAAAUUGGGAGAAUUUUGGGAUGUGACAUGUUUGAGGUAGCGAGAAGAUUCAGGCAGUUAAAAGAAAAAUACAUUACUGACAUCACUGAAUCCCAGGACGCAGAAAAAUUUGUGAUGUGUAAAAUGGAUUUUCUUCAACCACACCUUGAAUCUCAUAGUCCCACUCCCAACAAUCAAUCUUCAGAAUUUGACUUUGAAUUCGUAGAUGUUCCAAAAGAAACUGAGAAGACCAAGAGAACAGCUGUUGAUGAGGACCAUCCUUCAAAAAAAAACAUCAUUACUACGGAAAAUACUGUAUGGAGCAGCUAUGGCAUUAGUCUGGGCCAGACGUUGUCCAACUUGAACCCUCAAGCGGCCUGCUCUCUUCGCCAUUCCAUUGAAAAUAUCAUUUUUCAAGAGCUUAACGAAAAUUAGUUUUUUUUUUAUUUAUUUUUAUUGGAAUGUGGCUUACAAUUCAAAUAAAAAUAUGGCAAUGCCUCGACAUUAAUACGCUUACCUUUGUCCUUUUUUCUAUUUCAUGAGA